ACAGCCUGCUCCUGGCUGGAAGGAGGAAAAGAGGGAGUCAGCCUUUCCUGAAUCUAUUUACCUCUACCGCCUGACGGGAAGAGAAAGAAAGUGGGGACAACGCAGCCUCGGCUUCCCAUGCAAAACCAACCUGGUCAUGGCUUCACAUCCCUCCUCCUAAGAUCCCAAUGGAUCUUCCCAGGACACCCUACAGAUGAAAAGAAGCCUAGGGUCUGGACAGCAGAAGCUGUUGUCUUUCCCAACGAGAUCCUCUUGCUUAGGUGGUGCAGAGAAAUGAAGAACGCAGCCCACUCUAUUAAUUUUGCUUGUGAUCAGCACUUGAAAAGUUCUGUGAAAAGACUGAUGUGAGAUGGACAGUUUCUCCCCACUUCAGUGAAGGAAAAGGCCACACCACAGUUUCUAGCUAUGGAACUUUUCUCGUCUGGAGAAUUACCCAUCCUGUUUUGCUGUAACUGAGCUGCUGGUCUGUGGCUAGCACGCAGCACGCAGCAGACCGGCUGGCUUCCUUCCCACAGAACUUCAUCUAAAGCCCACAGAUGAGUAAUGUCACUGCACCUUCAGGAAGGACCUUAUUUUGGGCUGUUAGGACUUCCCUGAGUGAAUGGCAACUCUUCUUUUCUUUCUCAGAACAAGAAAUUGCGGCUACAAGACCCACCAAACCAGUGGGAGAACUUCAAGACUGAUUUUGGAAACAGAUUAAAGCCACAGGACAUUUUGAACGGAGAUUAUUUUUUUAAAAAAUGAAUUCAAGGAAAUUUAGUUUCUUAGUGCUGCUUAUAUUUACAGUGACAGUGUGCUUCUUUUAUAUCAACAGUGUGUUCAUACAAACAAACCAGAGGAUUCUAAAAGUCUCAAACUCUUCAGCCCUUGCUGAAGUUUGUGAUUCAGUUAUCAGAGGACAGAUGAUUUCUAUUCAAGAGACUGUCUUGAACCCGUCAUUUGAAAAUCAUUCUUGCCAAGACUACUUGCUUCAAAACCACUACAUAACAGCUCCCCUGUCGAAAGAAGAAGCCCAGUUUCCUUUGGCCUAUGUAAUGGUCAUACAUAAGGAUUUUGAAACCUUUGAGAGGCUCUUCAGGGCAGUUUAUAUGCCCCAAAAUGUUUACUGUGUUCAUAUGGAUGAAAAGGCAACAAUUCCUUUUAAAGAUGCAGUGAAGUGGUUGGUGGGCUGCUUCCCCAAUGCUUUCCUUGCCUCCAAGAUGGAGUCAGUUGUCUAUGCUGGAAUAUCCAGACUCCAGGCUGACCUGAACUGCAUAAAAGAUCUUGUAGCCUCUGAGGUUCAGUGGAAGUACAUUAUUAACACUUGUGGGCAAGAUUUCCCUCUGAAAACCAAUAAGGAAAUAAUUCAUCAUUUGAAAGAAUUUAAAGGGAAAAAUAUCACUCCAGGGGUGCUGCCUCCUUCUCAUGUUGUUCGAAGGACCAAAUAUAUCUAUAUGGAGCAGAGAUAUAUUUUAUUUUCCUUCAUGCUGUGGACUUUGAGAAAGAAAACUCUUCCUCCCCACAAUCUAACCAUUUACUUUGGCUCGGCUUACGUUGCCCUCACAAGGGAAUUUGCGAACUUUGUUAUCCAAGACCAAAGGGCCAUUGAUUUACUGAAGUGGUCUAAAGACACCUACAGUCCUGAUGAGCAUUUCUGGGUAACUCUCAAUAGGAUUCCAGGGAAUCUUUCCAAUAUUCCGGGGGCCUGUCCUCUAGAGCUCUUGAUAUCCCAAUGGAGCACAUGA